GAGGCUUGAAUCUACACACAGCGCAGGAAACCCCAUCAGCUGUGCGAGCAACACACUCAUAAGUCUUUUUAUUUUUCGAUUUCUGUCUCCCGGAGAAGCUUUGUUCCUGUUAUUUUAGCUAUGCGCCACUGAGGAGAGCAUCGACUUCUCUUCGCUAUAACAACACAUAUAUAUAUAAAAAAAGAGGGCAGUGGAGGGGAAACGACACAAAAACACGGACUUCAGAAGGUGGCUUUGAAAGCAUGGAAUAUUUCAUGAUGCCGACAGAGAAGAUACCGUCCUUACAGCAGUUCAAGAAGUCGGAGAAGGAUGUUAUUGGAGGUCUCUGCAGCCUGGCCAGUAUCCCCCUCAGUCCAGAGACAGCCCAGGACCAGGAGAGACGUAUCCGCCGCGAGAUUGCCAACAGCAAUGAGCGCCGGCGCAUGCAGAGCAUCAACGCUGGUUUCCAGUCCCUCAAAACACUCCUACCCCACACAGAUGGAGAAAAACUGAGCAAGGCGGCCAUCUUGCAGCAGACAGCAGACUACAUCUUCACCCUAGAGCAGGAGAAGACCCAACUUCUGCAGCAAAACAACCAACUCAAACGCCUCAUCCAGGAGUUCAAUGGCUCUUCACCCAAGAGGAGGCGAGCAGAGGAGAAAGAUGAGGGGAUUGGGUCUCCAGAUACAUUGGAGGAGGAGAAAGGAGAGGAGCUGAGGAGGGAGAUGCUGGAGCUCCGGCAGCAGCUAGACAAGGAGCGAGCGGCACGCAUGGUGCUGGAGGAGCAGGUGCGCUCUCUGGACAGCCACCUGUACCCGGAGCGUCUGAAGGUGAUCACCCAGCAGGUGGAGGAGGAGCAGGCCCACCUCCAGAGCCAGACUCUGUUACGGCUGCAGCAGAUCCAUGGGUCAGCCACUGACAGGCACACACACAGCCCACAGGUGCAGGCUCCUCCCACCCCCCCUGCCCCAACCCACCACCCUACAGUCAUCGUCCCAGCCCCGACACUAACCCAGCACGCUCACCAUCAUAUCACCGUGGUAACCAUGAGCCCGGCUGUCCACACCAGCACUGUGUCUACAUCCAGACAGAACCUGGACACCAUUGUGCAGGCCAUCCAGCAUAUCGAACGCACUCAGGAGAGGAGGGCCAGCGCCGAAGAGGAGCAGAGGCGAGCUGUCAUCGUCAGCCCCGCCCACGUCGCCAUGGACACCGCCUGCUCAGACACAGACACCGACACAGAAGGCGAGGACUGCUCGAUGAACUGAUGCAUCCCAACAAGGCAGUGAGAAAGAUCUUCGGACGCGUGUUCCAUCGAGAUUCAACUUGAUCCUCAUGCGUCAUCAAAAUAAAACACACCCACACACACACACACAUACACGUGCAUUUCCAAUGCCUGCCCACUGUAAGAUUCCCUUCAGAAGCUUGACUACUUUUUAAAAGAAGUAGAUUUCUUUGGCAUUAUCCCAACUCUUAAAUCCAGUGGUUAAGCUCUGUCAGUCGCGUACUGUAGAUUCUCAGAAGAUUGAGGCCGCAGGCUAGCCACUGUGCAUUGGCAGCCCAGUUGGACUUGGAGAGGCUGCGGCACAAUGUCUCUACCAGUCUGCGGCAACCAGACUCGAUGUGUUUGACAUCAGAACACAGUCCCUGUCGUCGGGGACACACCAGAAACUUGAGGGUCUCUGCAGGUCAAAGCUAACUGCAUGUUUCCGUCCUUACCCGUCUUUUUAAAAUGUGCGCUACAUACAAUCACACAAUCGCAGUUACUCCGCCUCACUGGCGCACUUACAGUAUUAUUUGUUCUACAAAUGAUCAGUAUAAUGGAGAGUUGAAUGUAACAACACAGUAAGCAAGUAACUCUUCCUCUGAUUCAGAAAAGAGAUGGAGUUGCACUUAUGCCCCCUUAAGUCUUAUUUUUUUUUUUUUUUUCGUCUUUUUUUUUUAUACAUUACACUGUUGGCCAGGCUACAUUCUAGUGCUGAUGGUCUUGAAGCCCGACUAAAGCUAAAUCUGACUUUGGGAAAAAAUGCAAAUUUAAUCUGAGCAUACAUGUUAAAUGAAAUAAUGUCUGGUUUACUUGAAAAAAAAGGUUCCAUGUUGUGUUGUCUAGUUCUGAUUGAACCUUUAAAAAUAAGCUGUUUAGCAACUUACAUGGAUUGUCUUCUGGUUUUAAUGUGCUUUUUUCUGUUGGGUUACUGAAUGUGGAAAGUGAAGAUUUUAUUAUUUUGAGAUUAACUGAAAUUUGGAGGUUUUGUCAGGUUCACACAAGGAAACAAAGGCCUUGAGAUCACUGUGCAUGUAAGUCUGUUUUGAAUUUUCAGUGAACGCUGUCAAGUCAACCUGGGGAGGCACCUUUGUUUUUUUUAGCUGGUUACAGUGGUUGGUACACCCUAAUACUUACCAACAAUCCAGAGUUUUUGCAACAGAAUAGGACCUCCAAAUGAUGGUUAAUUACUUGCCUAAGUGGCUAGUAGAGUAGACAAAUGUAUCAACACCAGCUGAAACCUACCAGCAUUUGGCUAGUAGCUGGUGUUCGUUCCCCACUGUGGAGUCAACCCACAUGAUAUGAGUUGAGUAUUUCAGUCCUAAAAUACUGGCAUUUGAAAGCUAAAACAGACUGAAAUGGUUCAUAUGCUUUGCCCAAAGGCCUCAGUUAUUUUUUUUUCCUCCAAAGACACCCAGUCUAACGUCUGUUGGUUUGUUGAUUUUAGUGACUAUGCACUAGAGUUUUUGGUAUUUAUGCAAUUCCAUCUCAGAGUACAUUUAUUCGUGUCAUUUAUACAUGAGGUGGAAUGGAGAGGCUAUCUAUGCACCGUUUUAAUAGGUGUGCACAUCACACCUAUGUGUAUGUAACCUGACAUGCUUGUCUAAUAGAAUGUAGUCUCUACUUACAAGGUGCUCUUUGUCAACCUGGUGCUCUUUUGACUAGUAGUGAGCUGAGGCCCACACCUCACCAUGUACCCCGCACUACCACUUAGUCAGGUCUCCCACGCCUGUCGGAAGUUUUAUGGAAAUUAAACAGGUCUUUUCCACAUUGUGAGCAAUUUUGGAAUUGCACAAAACAUUUUAUGGAGGGAGGGGGGCCGGUCCUUCAACGAGGCAACAUUUCAUGUGCCACGAGGACCAUCUGUUAUCGUAUUGUGAUAUUUGCUUAUGUGAAAUAUAUUCGUCAACUUUAGAGUGACAAGGUGUGUAUGAGUCAUAUUGCCAAGCUACAUCUUUUUAAACUUCAACCAAAACCUCCAACUCUCUGUCAAGAAAAAGCGCAGAGCUUGGAAAUGAUAACUGUACAGGGGCAAAAUGAAGGUGUCCAUAGGAUUUUUUUUGGCUUUCGUGAAUAAAAGUGCACAUGUCCAGAUGUGACCAAACCCCAGGUGAAGUGUGCUGAACUAAACUAGAGAAACCCACCCCCCCCUCUCCCACUGCUCCAUAAAAUUCAAGCCCUCCCCCAACCUUCCAAGUUACAUUGUUUAUAUUUGUCUUGGGAAUUUGACUGGAAAUCCCUCCUCGGAGCCUCUCGUGUCGUACUCUCCUUGAUAACGCUGAGUUGAUGCUGUAAACAUUCCGUGUGUUUGGAUGGUAUCCAUUUCUUGAACUCAUCCUCUGUGUUCUUUUGCCAAUUUAAUGCAUUUUUAUUUGCGGUCUUCUAGGGCUGGGUGAUGUGCACAAAAUCAAAUACCACAAUAUUUUUGAGCAAAUACCUCGAUGCUGAUAUUAAGCCAAUAUUUUAGUAAUUUGGAUAUUAUGACAAAGCAGCUAGAGACAAAUAUUACAAAGGCUAGAACAGUAAUGAGUUCAGAAAACUGCAUUCCUUUACUGUAAUGCGGCCUUUAGAACCAGGAAAAAAUGACACUUACGCCAUAUAUCACAAUAUCUAAAAUCCUAGACAAUAUCUAGUCUUGAAUCACGAUAUUGAUAUAAUAUUGAUAUAUUGCCCAGCCCUGCCAUGUCCUCUUGAUUUAGGUGAGCUUCUGUUUUGACAGGUUGUUUUGUGGGUUUCAUAAUUUUAUUUUUUUAUUUUUUAUUUUUGUGUUUUUUUUUUUGUUUUGUUUUGUUUGUUUUAAUAUAAAUCGGCUCACCAUGACUAAUGCAUUGUACAUUGAACUGUCUGUAUUGCGUGAGUUGUGAGAACACUCUGUCACAGUCACUCUUGUGCUUGGACAUCAAUUUAAUAUCUGGUUAGAGUAGUGUUUUCAUGCAGAACACAUGGGGAAACGUUUGUUUUAUUUGUGAAGCUUUUUUCAAGGGUUGAACUUUUCACUGACAGGUUCCAAGCCUAGUCUCGGGUUAUUUUGGUACAUCUGUAUUGAACAGAUGCUGGGCUGAGGCUUGCUCUUGGUCAGAGAAAAGGCUUUUUGCCCUAGAUGUGUAUGUACAUUGUAUCGCAGCACUGCUGUCUUUUAGUGGGCUUUGAGAUAAACAAUAUGAAGCACUUGCUGUUCUGUUCUGCCUGAAUCGAUGAGGAAUAUUUUGGCCCUUCUUUUUUUUUUUUUUUUUUUAAGCUCUUUGCUGUGACCUAAACUGAACGACUGUGUUUGUCCUAUUUUUCUGUUCUUUUGCUUGUCUUUCUUGUUGUCAUGUUUCCUUUUUUUUACGACAAACCUUUUUUUUUAUACUAGUUUGUACUUUUUUUUUCUUCCAUCAGUCCAGGUCAAUGAGAAGCUGUUAUAUUUUGUUUAUAAAAA